AUGUUCAACGAGUACGAGGUCAUGAAACGACUGAGCCAUCCGAACAUCAUCCGCUGCUACGGCUACUUCUGGGAGUUCCCGACGCAAAGUCUCUACAUCGUUCUGGAGUAUGCCAACCGGGGCGAUUUGCAUGGCGAGCUGCAAACGCGAAAGCGGCUUGGGAAGCAUUUCUCGGACAACGAGGUUUGGGACGUGCUGGCCCAGGUCUUGCGAGGGCUGCGCCACAUUCACGCCCGGGGCAUCGUGCACCGCGACAUUAAGACCAUGAACCUGUUGCUGAACGACGAGGGCGUCAUCAAACUUGGCGACUUCGGGGUGUCACGGCAGAUGUCCGAGAACACCGUGUGUCUCCACUCGUUCUACGGCACGCCCCUCUACCUUUCGCCAGAGCUCAUAGAAGGGCGCGCGUACUCCCGGACGACGGACAUCUGGUCACUCGGGGUCGUUCUCUACGAGUUGCUCUCGCUGCAGCUGCCAUUCCGCGGGCCCAGCCUCCAGGACGUGAUCGCGGCGGUACUCCGCUGUCGCUUCUCUCCUUUGCCCAGCUGGCGACCACAGGAGUUUUCCGACGUCGUGAACUCCAUGCUGACCAAGGAUGCACAACGGCGUCCCUCUGCCGAGUCCCUGCUGCAGCGGAUGGAGUACCUGGGCAAACUGUUUCGCCCUCCAAAAGCCGUGCAAGAGGAUCCUAGGCCUGUCGAGCCAAAGCCGCCAGACAAGGAGAAUCGCUCGCCCGCUGCGGUGGCCCGAAAUGAGGGACACCAGGUCGUGCGCGUGCGCUCCCGGCCCAGCAGCGCAGGACCUCAGGUGAAGCUCAUUGAGCCCGAUGCGCCGCCCCCAGGCGCCACUGGCCCACUCCAUGUGGUCAAGAAUCUGCGCGAGGAGCGCUGGGAGCAGCGGCGCUUGGCACACGCCCCGGCGCCGUACGCCGUGGAAAAGCUGCAGGGGCGCCCCUCCAGCAUCGGCGAGUUCAAUCACCGUGAGCAGUUCGAAAUCCUCAAGGACCUUCAGUCCAACGAUUCUGGAUCGGUGCAUGUGGCGCGCAUCAAGAAGGGCGAGGAGCUCGUCGUCCUGAAGCGACGAAGAGCCCCUGAGUUGGGGAAAGCCAAGGACGUCCUCAACGAGUACGAGAUCAUGAAGAAGCUGAACCACUCGAACAUCAUACGCUGCUACGGCUACUUCUGGGACUUUCCCUCACAAUCGCUCUACAUCGUGUUGGAGUAUGCGAACCGUGGGGAUCUUCAUUGGGAGCUGCAGAAGCGGAAGCGGUUAGGGAAGCCUUUCGGGGACGAGGAGAUCUGGGACAUCCUGGCGCAGGUGCUAAUGGGCCUGUGCCACAUCCACGCUCGAGGCAUCGUGCAUCGAGACAUCAAGGCCAUGAACCUAUUCCUGACGAGCGAUGGUGUGAUAAAGCUGGGCGACUUCGGCGUCUCACGGCAGAUGUCCGAGAAAACGCUGUGUCUGCAGUCCUUCUACGGGACGCCCCUCUAUUUCUCUCCGGAGAUGAUCGAAGGACAGACCUACACCAACACAACGGACAUUUGGUCCCUCGGGGUCGUUCUCUAUGCACCUCGGGCAAGCUUGUGA